GUUGUCUGCUAUAUACUUCCUGGUGUUAGCUAUAGUAGUCAGUUUAGUAUCCUUUGCAUGCUGGUGUAGUAAAUGACCAAUAAACAUAUGGUGGAAAGUACUCAAGCAGCUUUUUUCAGUUAAAAAAAAAAAAUACUGGAAUAUCUGAUGAAAGUUUUAAAGUUAUAAAGAUUGGUUGUCUAUUUCAUCAUUUUGGGAUGUUUUACUUCAAAUGAAAGUUGAAUCUUUCCUGGCUUUAGAAGUUAAAAUCAUAUAUGCCAUUUGUGAUUGGACAUUUACGAUUAAAAGACAACGCUUGGUUGAAUCAAAUGAAAAAAUUCAAUUUGAAGGAAAAAUUUGAUUAUCUCGGAUAACCUAUGAAUGGAUACAUCUCUUCUCCAUAAACGUGUUUAGUUAUAAUGCUACUGAGAUAUAUAUAGAAUAGUGUAACCAGUGUAUUUAGUAGUUAGGAUCAAGUAAUGGCUCAUCAAAGGAAUUCAAGACAGAUUGUUCUAUUACCCACUCCUAACACUCAAAAUAAAGCACAAUCUUGUCAGAAUUUUACACAUAAUGUUCAGCAAAAUAAUGGACAACGUUUUCAGAAUUAUACACCAAAUCUUCAACAAAAUAAUGGACAAUCCUCUCAUAAUUUUACACCAAAUUUUACACCGAAUACCAACUUUAUUAAUCAUCCUAAUAUGGUUAAUCCUAAUCCAGGAUUUGCACAGCCAUCUGCAUAUAAUUUUGGAAAACAUGGAGUUCAGAAUAUUAAUACAGGAAACCAGCAGUUUAACCCUCAACAAAUGCAUCAGACAGUAAGACCUAGUGGGAACCAGUUCAAUGCACAAGCUGCAAGACCAAAUAUCAAUCAUAAUGUUACUAAUUCAAAACAGCAAACUGUAGGUUGUAAUGCAGACCAGUUUGUUUUUGGCUCUAAUGCAAAAAAUUAUGGAAAACAGUUUACACAGGGCCAACAGUACACUAGAUUCUGUGAUGGGCCUCAAAGAAGACAUGUUAGUCCUCCACACCAGCAGAAUUCAUCAGCACAGUCAGCAAUAAGACUGUCAGGACAAGCAAAGCAGAGUUCAGGACUUCUGCCAUCACCACAGCAACAUAGUGUAAACAACAAUUACAACAUGAAUAGAAAUGUAGGUAUUACAAAUCAGUGUCAUAAUCAAGCAGGUUCCUGCAACCGUAGGAAUGCAUCAAAAGUGGCAGGACAUGCUCAAGAAAAAAGGCCAAGAGUGUUUCGACACAAACCCCAAGUUGGAAUUCAGGCAAAAACUCCUCUGAUAGCUUUCAAUCAACAAAAUACAUCAUCAGUAGGUCAAGGUUACAAAAGAAGAAGUUUGUUAAGCACUCCUCCAGUAAGCAAACUGGUUAAAAAUGCUCCUAAAGCUAAGUUUUGCAGAGUUACAAAGAGGAAUAUUCCAAUAAAACAGUCAUAUGUAGCAUAUGCUAAAGGUCGGAAAAAAUCUCAUGGCUAUAUUCAAGGUCACCAAAAUGAUGUAGAAAAGAUGAUGUUUAAAUCUGAGGUUAAAAUUAAUCAGAGGAGUGACAGCACAAAUAAGAAACCAUUUGAGAUUAGAGAAGUUCAAAAUGUCAAGGAACAAGAAAAUGUGACAGAAAGAAGUCACUUUGCAGGUCAAAAAGGAUUAGAUACAAGUAGUUCAUCUACGGGAAUUGUUCCAAAACUGAGUCAACUGCAAAUCUCUGAGGUCAAAAAAGAGAACAAUAUUUCAUACAGUUCAGUUAAUCCUAAAGUCAGUAAAGUUAGCAGAGAUAUGACAAAUCUCAUUCAGGUGAAAUUAGAUCAUGGCAGUGAAAAUAUAAAUACUAAAGUACUUAUAACACAACAUGAGGUAAAGCCUACUUUUGCCUCACAUGAUGAAAGGAAAGUCACACAUCAAAUGGAAGUAAAAUCAAGUUGUCCUUCUAACAAUUCAAAGGUCAAGGUCAAUAAAUCAAAUACUGACAGAUCCAGUGGUAAAAUGCCUGAAAGUUCAAAGGUCCAGGUCACUAAAUCAAGUACAGAAAUAUCUAGUGGAAAACAGCUUGAAAGUUCAAAAGUCAAGUUGGUAACAACAAAAGCUGAUUUACCUAGUGACAAAUCUUCCAAAAGUUUAGUUGUAAUGACUAUAGCUUCAGAUGAAAAAAUAAUUAUUCCAGAAAAAGGCACCACUGAGAAAAAAAGUACAAUAAUAGAAAGAAAAGUGGAAAAUGUGUUGAGUAAAACAAAGAAGAAGAACAACAAUGAAAAAUCAAUGCAACCUGCUUGUAAUUUACAGUUAGAUAUGACUGGUAGAAAAAUAACUACUGCAACAUGUGUGGAUAAAAGCAUAUCAAAUUAUAUAAAGUCAGCAGAUGAUGCACCAGCUGUAUCUAAUGUUACACAAUCAAACCUUGCUGGUUCACUAUCCAGUCAGACAUCAAACCUUGCUGGGUCACUAUCCAGUCAGACAUCAAACCUUGCUGGGUCACUAUCCAGUCAGACAUCAAACCUUGCUGGGUCACUAUCCAGUCAGACAUCAAACCUUGCUGGGUCACUAUCCAGUCAGACAUCAAACCUUGCUGGGUCACUAUCCAGUCAGACAUCAAACCUUGCUGGGUCACUAUCCAGUCAGACAUCAAACCUUGCUGGGUCACUACCAAAUCAGACAUAUCAAAUUGCUAAAAGCAUAAAGGCUUUGAUAAACCAGCUUGACAAGCAAAACAAAGAGAUGGAAAGCAGAAAAUUACCACGUACAAAGGAGGAAAAAAUGUUUUCUGAUAAAAGUCAUGUAAGUGAGGGGUUAAGUGAUAAGAAAGAUAAAGUAAAAAAAAGGGGGAAAUAUUUCAUUUCAAAGGCUAAAAGUGAAAAUACAAAAGCAUGUACUGCUAAAAGAAGAGAUGAUGUAACAACUGCGUUUGGUGGCAGUGAGAAUUCAAAUAAGGGAGAUAAUGUUGGAAUGGAACAUAUUGAAAGUAAAUUUACUACUAAAAGUGAAGUUAAUUUGACAAGGGGAUCUGCUGAAAGUGAACAUAAGAAAGUUGAUGUACCAGCAUGCAAAGUAACUCAUACAAAUGACAGCAUAAAGUUUAAAAAUAGUGCAGAAAUUAAAAUUUGUUUGAGGUCUGAAAAAUGUUUUGUAAAGAAAGCUUGGGUGAAUAAAAAAUCAUAUGAUUUGGUUGAAAUGUCUAGUGAUGAAAACUGGAGAACUGGUAUUGAAAAGCUAAGCAAUUCUAAUACAGAGUUAAAAAGAAUUGAGGAAAAAAUGGAUUCUAAAAUAUCAUCGAAAAAACCACAACAUAGCUCAUUUAAGAAGGAAGUUGAAAAUAAACAUUUUAAAAGAAAUGUGUCAAUUGACAAGUCAAACAGUGAUGAUGAGUCAAGCCAUCAGAAAGAUAAUAAAAACACAGAAAGAGUUCCUGUUGAAGAAAAAACACUGGGUGAAAGCAAGAAAAAUAACAAAGCAUCUAUAAAAGUUGUGAAUGAAAUUGAUGGCAGUGGGGUCAUUGUAGAUCAAGACAGUUCAGACCUAGAUAAUGUAACAGAAAAUACUGAACUUGAGGAUUCUGUUGAUGCAGACACGGAUAUGUAUCCAAGAUUUAAUAACCAUGGCAACCCCUCUCAAAGAGGCCGAUUGAAUCAGAACUAUUACAAUGCACGGCAAGAUGAGAGAUAUCGUCAAAGUUACGAAAAUCAAAGAGACUUUCAAUAUCCAAGAGAAAGCUAUGAUAGACAUGAUAUCCCUUUUAAUCAACAUCCUAAUAGAAAUCAUUAUGAAAAUUAUCGUAAUAAUUACCAAGGUGAUGACAGACGUUGCUAUGAAGACUUUCAGGAACAAGAAAGUUUUACUCGGCCACCAAUACAUAAUCGAAGAUAUAAUGAAGGAGAGGUUUAUUCAAAUGAUCAUUACCAAUAUGAAAAUACUAAUUUUAACAGAAGUAGAAGAAGGAAUCAAAGCCAUGAUAAUAUAGGUUCACAACCACAUGAAAGAGUUCAAAGAUCAUUCAGUUCAGAGGUAGCUGGGAAUCGACAAGACUUCAAGAAAUCUGAUAGUUACAGCAGUUCAGAAAAUUCAAAAGGACCAGAAAAGUCCAGGAAUGAACCUAGUCAGAAUAGACAAAAUCAAAAUGUUGAUGGCAAGGGAGAUCAAUCAUGUCAAAAGGACAAUAAAAGUACUGAUAAAAAUAAUGUAAACAAACAGGAUUUAUCUCCUAAACCAGUUGUAAAUAAGAAUUCUGUCUCUAGUGUCUUUAGUCCAGGUAGAAAUAUUUAUCAAAGUGACCAGUAUUUUAGUGCAGUUGAUAAACUCCAAGAUGGAGAGGAAAAAACAAAUGUAAAAACUACUCCAAGUAAAAACUUAAAAAGACACAUGUCUGACAUAAUAGGAAAUCAUUCUGAGUCAAAAGGUGCACAAAAUAGCAAAGGGAAAUCUCCAGUAAGGAGACAAGAAAGUGCACCAGUAGGUUCUGGUAAAGAAAAAACACCAAAUAAAAUGGACAAAAUGGACUUCUCUUCAAUCAAGAAGGCGCUAAAUGAAGUUAAAAGUCAAGAUGAUACAUGUAUGAAGGGUAAGCAGGAAAUGGAUCACAACACAAGUGAAUGUCAAACUAUAAAUUCUCCAAUUCAAAAUAAAACAAUAGACAAUAAAAUGGAGAGUUCUCCAAUUGAAAGGAAGAGAAGUGUUGAUAAUGUGAAGGAAAAGACCAGCUCAGUGCAGGAAACAGUUCCAUUAUUACCGUUACAAAGGAAAAAUAGCAAAGAAAAAAUACAUGGUGGUAAAGCACAAAGUUCUCCUAGAAGUCGUAAUUCAAGUGGAGAUAGUCAGGGCAUUCUGUCGCCAAAAACAGAUGCUAAACAGAGAUCAGCUUUUCAUGUAGUUUUGCCUCGAGAAGAUCGUUCAUCUGAAAUAAGUAAAAUGUCUCCAAAAGAAAACCCAUUAUCACCUCUCGACAGGAAGCGAAGUUCUAGUGGGGACUUAAAACCAAUUAAACAAGUUGGAAUUCAAAGUCCAGAUAGCAAAGUGAUUGAUAGUACAUAUAAUGCAAUCUCUGAGGAAGAAGGCUCCCUGUCAGGCAGUCCAGAGAAAUCAGGUAUAAGUCUUAAGUCUGCUCUAUCAUAUCCAGAAUGGAAAAGAUUGAAAGCACAGCAGGAUCUAGCACUUCAGAAAGAGAGGGAAAAGAAUCGCAAAUGUAUUGAAUUAGCCAAUACACCAGAGGAAUACAGAAAAUUAUUAAAAUUAAAAGAAAAGAAGGCUAGAGAGAAAGAGAGAUCAAGGAGAAUAAGCGAAACAGAAACAGAAAAAAAGUCUGAAAAAUCUGUAGAAAAUAAUGAUUCUGAUGAAGAGAUUGAGUCUAGCCAACUACCAACCUUACACAAUAGCCAGAACUCAUUCCAGGCCAUACAAGAUAAAGUUGGGAGUGACGAAGAUAUAGAUUUAGAAGAAUCUGAUGAUGACGAUUUAGAAGCUCCAUCUUUUUUGUUUUCCUUGGAAGAAGCAAGUACCAGACCAAUACCAAGUACACCAACCAAGAUCACACAUCUAGAGUCUCCUGGACCAUGCAGUCCUACACCUGAAGCAGACCUGACAGACAUAACAACAAAGACCCUGUUAUCAUCCAAAUUCUCCCUGGACCAGCUGGUGUCAGAGAAAGUGGACAAGUCUGAAGAUCAGAGAGACUAUGAGGAAAUGCAUGCAAAAUUAGAGGAAGGCCUCAAGAAAGGAGGAUUUGUAAAAGAUACAUUGGAAAUAGUUGAGCCACAAGAGGAUGAAAUUUUACCAGAACAUGAAAAACACUUACAGGAGUUCAAGAUAUUGGACAGUGUAAUAUCAGAGGUUCACCCUGGGGAUGUCAUAUUCCAGCCAUUGCUACACCAAAGCAGAUUUACUGGAUCCCUGUCCCUACAAACCUGUGGUUUUACACCUGGAGCAUCCUACAUAGAUAAAUAUCUGUCUACUCUACAGCCCAAGGAUUAUAGUUUGUUGCUGACAUCCAAUAUAUUACAGAAUACAUUAGAUAGUGUUGCAUGUCAGGAAGCUGUUCUUAGAUGGUUGUUUCUGUUGAUGUCUGUACAUAGUAACCAGUUAGUAACACAGGGAUGUCACAAGACUUUAUUGGAACAUCUAAACAGACAGAUACAUUUUAAACAGUUACCACAGACAUGGAUACCACCCAUACCAGAUGUCUUAUCUGUCUUCUGUAAUUAUGGUUGUGAGGUAAGCAGAUUGCUGCCAGACAAUAUAGCAGACUCGACAGAAGAGUACAGUAGCCAUAUUAUCCAGGAAGAACAAAAUGGAAUGAUUCCAAGGGGAGGAAACUCUAUAUGUAGAAAUCUACACCUUGUCCUCAAUAUCAUUGGACAGUGUUUGCAUUCAAGACCAAGGUACAGUAGCAAACAGCUGACUGAUCUACUCAUUAUUUUAUGUCAUGUAGCUAUGGACAAGUCACAUAAUAGCGAAGUGUUACCACAUGAAUUCCAAGUUUGUUUAAAAGGCAUCUUGAAAAGUUACAGUUCAAACUACUGGGAUGCACAUUGUAACGAACUGUGUCAUACACUGUUUAAAAUCACUGGCCAUCAUCAUAAUAGACAGUACUUAGCCCAGUUAUUACCUGAGGACAAACGAGGGGCAUAUCUACAGAGGAGAUUGGCCUACCUGUAUUUACAGGAUAUGUUUGAUGUCGGUAGAGACACAGACAUUAAAGAUUACAAAAUUAAAUGUCUUCAUGUGUAUCUGACGAAGCUGCAACAUUUAGUUACAACAGAUGUAUAUAAAUUAUCCAGUGCAAUAAGUUACUUAGAUAUAGCUGUGGGAAAUAGUGCAAUAAAAGUGUCAGAAAAGGAAGAUUUGCAGUACCUUUGUGACCAGUUAAAGAAGAUUUCCGGUGAUGUAAAAGACAGUGUACAGAUGUUAGACAGAAGCUGGGUGAAAGAUAUGAUGGUACGGGUUUGCAGUAAAUGGACUCUUUAUCUAUUAACUGUAGGGAGUAAACAGAAAAGUAUGUUUGCUUAUACUAAAAAGAAGACACCUGCAGUGUUUGAAAUCAAAACAGUGGAAGCCUCUCAAGGUGAUAUAUCUAGUCAGUCAGAAGGUGAAGAAGAGUCAAAAGAUGUUCCGAAAGACAUUAUAGUAGACAGCAGAACACCAAUCAUUACCGAUAUUCAAUGUAUUAUGGAUGAAAAUUCAAACCAGAGUCAUUCAAAAACAUUUACCUUAGAUAAUGAAAACUUUGAGAAUGAAAUAGACAAGGAAAUAGAUAACACUGUUAUUAUAAAAAUAGAAAAACCUGAUAUAAUACCUAUAUCUGAUUCACCAAUGGAAGUUGAUUUAACUGAAGAUGAUUUACCAGAUUUAUUAGACCAUUCAUAACCCAUGACAAAUUCCUGUAAUGCUUCAGCAAGAGAGUUCAUCUUCAAUUGACAUUUUCAUUGUUUAAAGACAUAACAAUUGUUGCUGAUCAAACUCUGGUUUAUAUCUUACAUGUUAAUAUGCUACAUUCAAAGUUUUAGGAGUUGAUACAAUCGUUUCUUCAUUUUUUCUCGGUUUGCAUAUUUGUUCUGGAGAUAACUUUUUACCAUAUCAUUGGAAAUUUUGAAAUUUUAUGCCCUUACAAAUGAAACCAUGCUACCUGUUAAAAUAUAUAUAUAAAAAGGAGUAAAAA